AUGGCUGAACACGGUUCCGUAUCAUAUGUUCUUCGUUGUGUAAGCUCAUCAAUUGAUAGCAUAUUAUCAUCUUUGCGAACAGCCACCAUCCACGAUACACCAUGUGACACUGGUAGUAUCUAUUUUAGACUUGAAAGUCUAAGACGUCUAUGCUCCGUUGUUAAUGGACACAUGAUCGAUGCCGGCAUUGAAGGUUUUACAGCCGUGUUGGAUAAUGUAAUUGCUGUAGUGGAUUUAUUUGCAUUUUUAGACAGCGAUAUUUACGAAGGUUACAUGGUUGAAACUCGUCCUUUGUCAAAUACUAGAGGGAGACCGCCAUACUUGAUAAGCCAAGAACAGUUGCGCUACUUGGUUGAUUCAGGUUUUUCUACGAAAUAUAUAGGAGAGUUAAUUGGUGUGAGUACCAGAACUGUGAAGAGACGCAUGAGAGAAUUUGAUAUUCGUAUUAGAGACACAUAUUCCACCAUAACUGACACUGAGCUUGAUGGUUUGGUUGAUAGUGUACUGAAAGACUUUCCAAAUUGUGGAUACCGAAGAAUGACAGGUUUUCUGAUAAACAAGGGAGUAAGGCUUCAACAACGAAGGUUGAGGGGGAGUAUGCACAGAGUUGACCCUGUGGGGGUAUUGCUGAGGUCACUUGAAAUUUAUUCAACUCCGCGGCGACCAUACAAUGUGUAUGCACCCCUUUCACUCUGGCACAUUGAUGGACUGCACAAAUUAAUAAGAUGGAAAUUGGUGGUGCAUGGUGGAAUCGAUGGCUACUCACGUAAAAUAAUGUAUCUACAAUGUAGUAGUAACAACCGAGCCAUAACUGUAUGUGAGGCUUUUAAAUCAGCAGUAGCAGAAAAUGGGCUGCCAUCUCGUGUACGGUCAGAUCAAGGCCUUGAGAAUGUUGAAGUUGCAAGACACAUGAUCUCACAUCCUUAUCGAGGACCAGGAAGAGGGAGCCAUAUUACUGGAAAGAGUACGCAUAAUCAGCGUAUUGAACGCCUAUGGCGGGAUGUGUUUUGUGGCAGCAUCUAUUUAUUCUACAACACCUUCUACACACUUGAAGAUAGAGGUCUUCUUGAUAUAAACAAUGAUAUCCAUAUGUUUUGUCUUCACUUUGUCUACAUUCCAAGAAUUAAUAGGCACUUAGAAUUGUUUGCCGAGAGCUGGGACAAUCAUCCUAUCCGAACAGCAGAGCAAAACCUAUCACCCAAUCAGCUUUGGAUAUCUGGCUUACUCAAAAUUAGAAAUUCCGGGACUACAGAAGCGGAAGAAAUAUUUGACUUCAAAAAUCAGGCAGAGCUUACAAAUUACGGAACUGAUUAUGAUGGUCCGUCGCCAGCUCCUAGUGACGAGAGCUGCAUUGAGGUACCAGAGCUUGAGUGCGGUAUUACUGAAGAACAGAUGGCUGAACUGAAAUCAAGAAUAAAUCGCUUGAUCAUAGUUGCUGUUUUGGAGCAGACUUGUACCAAGAAUCAUUACAAAUACUUCUUGAAUCUGAACUGUGAAAUCCUUUACCAUCGUCCACCAAAUAAAUAUGAACAACAUAGUUGA